CAAAAAAAAAAAAGCAGAUUAUCUUGCCUUUCUGUCCACAAAACUUGUUCACUUUCCCGCUCUGCAUUUCCCUGGCUUCUUUCUUGAGCAACAAGGCUCUUUUCAAACUCGGUCUUGCAUUCCCGAACUACAUUUGCAGCAAGGUACCUUAGCAAACGGACCCUUUGAACACGAUGGCCACGCAGGAAGAGCUAGCAGCUCUCUUCGCCCGCAACCUUUCCCUUCACAAUACAUACGUCGCUCCCGUACAAGAGCCUCCAAAGGUCGAAACGCCGAUCACGUACUCGAUCUCUCAGCAUUAUCAUCACUCCGCACACCUCGCUGCUGAACAGUCUUCGCCCUCAAGAUCUGCGUCGGAGCCCCCACAAACUGAUCAGCUCACAACAGAGAUUAUACUGUCUAGACAUGGAGUAGAUGUUUCUACCCUCUCUCCCUCUCAGGUCGACCUCUUCCGGACAGCGGAUUCGGGUCAACAAAUGCGGCUGGUCGAGCUUUGGCGAAUAUGUCCUCCUAAUUACGGCGGGCAUGCUUUGACAAAUGGUACCGUGAACUUUCCCGUCACCAGUUUUGAACAAGAGGAGACCAUGGCUAGGCUACGGUAUGAGCGCCUGAUGCAGGAAGAACAUUCGUCCCGAGCCGGUGGAGAUCCUCAAGCUCUGGACAGCGAGUCCACCAUGAGCGACGAGAGUACGGCUACACCUAUCACCCCUAUCCAGGGUGGUGAUGGACGAUGGAACUCAGCAGAACCAUAUAUGGUAUCAGGCUACGCACUCCUCGCACAGCGUGAAUAUGAGCAGUCAGCGGUACCAUCGAAGGAUGUCUAUUCCCAUUUCGGCACAUCUGUCGGCGGACCGACAUAUAAUCAAGCCACGGACCCUGUUUACAACACCGUUGAAGACAUUCACAAAUUCCCGAAUGUUGGCGGUGACUGGGCACGGCUUCUCGAGCAACGUCAACAGGCGAUGGAGAAUCAAUACGGCUCUUUCACGCAAUUCCAGCACAACGCAGGUUUGACGAUGGCGGGAGAGGAUGAGGAGAUGUUGUAAAUAUCACAUCGCAUAAGUUGAUAGGCAUAUUACACAGUCCGUAGAGUUUAGUUUGUUUCUGGGAUGGAAAGAAAGGGGCUUGUUUUCAGGGCGGAGGAUAUUUGAGGUUUGACAAGGGCA